AUGCGAUCAACAUUGCUUAUUUUGUUAUUGUUUCUCUUGGCUGUUGUUGUUUUUUCAGCACCUCAGUCCGGUUAUAAUUCAGAUUCAGCACAAUACUCUCAUCAAACAGACAAUCAUGAUAAUAAAGGACAUGAUAGUCCGAUAAAGCCCAAUGUUGACCACAAAGAUAAAGACAGUGAAAGUAAUGAAAAAAGCUCAGAAUCUCAAGACCACGAACAAAAUGGAAACAGUGGCCAUAGUGGAUAUGGUGGCCAAAGUGGAAACGACGGGCACAGUGGAAACAAUGGAAAAGUUGGCAAUGGAGGUGGCCAAGGUGGAAAUAAUGGAAAAGGUGGCAAUGGUGGUGGUCAAGGUGGAAACAAUGGAAAUGGUGGCAAUGGUGGCAAUGGAGAUGGCCAAGGCGGAAACAAUGGAAAAGGUGGCAAUGGAGGUGGCCAAGGUGGAAACAAUGGAAAAGGUGGCAAUGGCGGUGGUCAAGGUGGAAACAAUGGAAAAGGUGGCAAUGGAGGUGGUCAAAGUGUAAACAAUAGAAAUGGUGGGAAUGGAGGUGGUCAAGGUGGAAACAAUGGAAAUGGUGGCAAUGGUGGUGGCCAAGGUGGAAACAAUGGAAAAGGAGGUAAUGGUGGUGGUCAGGGUGGAAACAAUGGAAAAGGAGGUAAUGGUGGUGGUCAAGGUGGAAACAAUGGGAAAGGUGGCAAUGGAGGUGGCCAAGGAGGAAGCAAUGGACAAGGUGGCAAUGGUGGUGGCCAAGGCGGAAACAAUGGAAAAGGUGGUAACUAA